AGUUCACCUUAAAGAAUCUCAAAACCAACCACAAGGGAAAGAUCUGUGAAUUUUUGUAAUGGAAAGCGGUAGCCUCUAGGGCCCAGAGGAUAUGCAGGGAGGCAUUUUCUCUUGCUGGUGCAGCUGAGAGCGAGCGAGCGAGCGAGACCUGGAAAUGAAAGUAAAGAGAUCAGGAGGCACAUGGAGGGAGCUGCAGGGGCAGCCGAUCCAGAAGCAGAAUGCUGCCUUCUAUAAUUAAAUAGCACUUACUAUUAUUAUUACUUCUAGUAAUAAUACAUUAAUAAUAUCUCUAGUAAUACAAUACCAUUUAUCAAGGAAAGUUUAUACAUAGUGUGGGGGGAAAAACCCAAGGAGAGCGACUAUAAUGGAGAGACAGAAGAGAAAACAAGAAAUAGAGAAAGGACUUCAGUUCAUUCAGUCCACAUUACCCCUAAGCCAAGAAGAUUAUGAGGCCUUUUUGCAGAAGCUGGUGAGAAACUUGUUUGCAGAGGGCAAUGAUUUGUUCCGAGAGAAGGAUUUCAAGCUUUCACUGGUACAGUAUGUAGAAGGGCUGAAUGUGGCAGAUUACGCAGCCUCCGAUGAGGUGACCAUCCCAAAGGAACUCCUGUGCAAGCUGCAUGUCAACCGAGCUGCCUGCUACUUCGCCAUGGGGUUGUAUGAGAAGGCACUGGAAGACAGCGAGAAGGCUUUAAGUCUUGACAAGGAGAAUAUCCGAGCGCUCUUCCGGAAAGCCCGCUCCCUAAAUGAACUUGGAAGACACAAAGAAGCAUAUGAGUGCAAUAGCCGAUGCUUGCUGUCCCUCCCACAUGAUGAAAGCGUCACACAGCUGGGACAGGAGCUUGCUCAGAAGCUGGGUCUGAGGGUUCGAAAAGCAUACAAAAGACCUCAGCAGGAAUUGGAAACAUUCUCACUACUCAGUAAUGGCACAUCAAUCAAUUUGUCAAACCAGACCACUUCCAAUGGAUUGGGUUCGAUAGAUGACAUCGAAACAGACUGCUCUAUGGACCUGCAGUGCCUCCCAGCUCCUGUGGCCACCUCCAUCCCUGUGAGCGAGGGGCUGGCCUCUUUGCCCUCUGACUCAGAUGCAAAGGGCUUGCCUACCUCGCUGCCUGCUGCCAGCUUGCUCCCAUCUCCAGACUGUGUGUCCCUGCCAGUGCCCGAGAGCGUGGAGGACUUCACAGAUGGGGACAUCAUUGGGGAAGAACUGGACUCCCUCCUGGACUCCCUCGCCGAAGGGUCGCCGUACCCUCUAUCUUUGGUCCAGGGCACCAUUCCUACCAACCUGCCAACGGAGAUGCCUCAGCUGAUCCCUGUGUUUCCGGGGGGAACUCCGCUGCUGCCCCCGGUUGUGACAGCCAGCAUCCCUGUCUCCACCCCGCUGCCACCUGCCUCCUUCGGCCUGGUGAUGGAUCCCACCAAGCAGCUCUCCUCGUCCUCUGUCCUGGAUGCCUUCGAGGCCCCGCCGGGAGGAAGUGGCGGUUCCACCUUAGAUUCUCUGGAUUCUCUGGAUCUGCUCCCCUACACAGACUCACGGCUUGAUGCCCUGGACUCCUUCGGGACAAGCAGAGCAUCACUGGAUGCCUUGGAUUCCUUUGCCAUUGAAGAAACUAGCCCUCAGGAACUGCGACACCCACCUGGCAGCCAAAAAACAUCCCCCGUGGUGAGUGAGCCGCUCCCCCGUGCUGAUGUCCCAAGGUGCUCUGGAGCCAAGGUCAACCUUGGUGGAGUAAGUCACCCAGCUGUGCCCAAGGUCACCGAGCACCUGCUGUCCCAGCCGGAACCAGUAAUGCCCAACACAGCCCUGCUGGUGAAGAACCCCCUGGCAUCUACUCACGUCUUCAAACAAGCCUGUCAUAUCUGCUACCCCAAAACAGGGCCCAAAGCUGGUGAUUACACCUAUCGGGAAGGCUUGGAGCACAAGUGCAAGCGGGACAUCCUGCUGGGCAGGCUGAAGAACUCGGAAGACAAGACCUGGAAGAGGAUCCGUCCUCGCCCAACCAAAACCAACUUUGUAGGAUCCUAUUACCUGUGCAAAGAUAUGCUUAACAAGCAGGACUGUAAGUACGGGGAUAACUGCACCUUCGCGUACCACCAGGAAGAGAUCGACGUGUGGACGGAGGAGAGGAAGGGGACCCUCAACCGUGACCUCCUCUUUGACCCGCUAGGUGGGAUCAAGCAGAGCAGCCUCACCAUCGCCAAGCUUCUCAAGGAACAUCAGGGCAUCUUCACCUUCCUCUGUGAGAUUUGCUUUGACAGCAAACCUCGGAUUAUCAGCAAAGGGACCAAGGACACGCCAUCUGUCUGCUCCAACCUUUCUGCCAAACACAGUUUCCAUGACAACAAGUGUCUGGUCCACAUUGUGCGUUCCACCUCCCUGAAAUACUCCAAGAUCCGCCAGUUCCAGGAGCACUUCCAGUUUGAUGUGUGCCGACAUGAGGUGCGUUAUGGCUGCCUGCGCGAGGACAGCUGCCACUUUGCUCAUAGUUUCAUCGAGCUCAAGGUCUGGUUGCUGCAGCAAUAUUCAGGAAUGACCCACGAAGAUAUCGUGCAGGAGUCAAAGAAGUACUGGCAGCAGAUGGAGGCACAUGCCAGCAAACCAGCCAACAGCAUGGCUUCUCCGCGGGCUCCCACGUCAAGCACCUUUGACCUCCAGAUGAAAUUUGUGUGUGGCCAGUGCUGGAGGAAUGGGCAGCUGGUGGAGCCAGAUAAAGACCUCAAGUACUGUAGUGCCAAAGCCCGCCACUGUUGGACGAAGGAACGUCGUGUCCUGCUGGUGAUGUCCAAAGCAAAGAAGAAGUGGGUGUCUGUCCGACCACUGCCUUCCAUCCGCAACUUCCCACAGCAAUAUGAUUUGUGUAUCCAUGCACAAAAUGGAAGGAAAUGCCAGUAUGUGGGCAACUGCUCCUUCGCCCACAGCCCUGAGGAGAGAGACAUGUGGACCUUCAUGAAGGAAAACAAAAUACUAGAUAUGCAGCAGACCUAUGACAUGUGGCUAAAGAAACACAAUCCUGGGAAGCCUGGAGAGGGGACACCACUCACUUCGCGAGAAGGGGAGAAACAGAUCCAGAUGCCCACCGACUACGCUGACAUCAUGAUGGGCUACCACUGCUGGCUCUGCGGGAAGAACAGCAACAGCAAGAAGCAAUGGCAGCAGCACAUCCAGUCGGAGAAGCACAAGGAGAAGGUCUUCACCUCGGACAGUGACUCCAGCUGCUGGAGCUACCGCUUCCCCAUGGGCGAGUUCCGGCUCUGUGAAAGGUUCCAGAAGAGCAAGGCCUGCCCUGAAGGAGAGGAGUGUCGCUAUGCCCACGGCCAGGACGAGCUGACGGAGUGGCUAGACCGGAGGGAGGUGCUGAAACAGAAACUGGCCAAAGCCCGCAAGGACAUGCUGCUCUGCCCCAGGGAUGACGACUUCGGGAAAUACAACUUCCUAUUGCGGGAUGGCGUAUAGUAAGGGUUGGGAGGGGAGCCUGUCGGCUGGAGAAACACGGGGCGGGUUUUCCAAGAGUGGCAGUAGCAGGGAGAGUGAGAUCUGUGUCUCGCAAAGAGAACUUUUUCUUUUCUUUCGUUUUAAGAUUAUGAGACGAUGAUUUAUUAGUGGUGAAUGAAAUCGUGAAUUUGAUUCUCCUUGGCCAGCGAACACCAUGCUCACUGAGUUUGUGAUCCAUCUUCUCUCUCUUCUUUACCACAAAUUCUCCUUCCUCUCCAUCUUCUUGUUUUCACUAUCCUUCAUUCAAAGGAAUGAAUCCAGUACUGGCUGCAAAUCGGAGAAUUUCUCCUUGUGUUAUUCUCCUGCUCUUCAAUUCGGAGUGUGGCUGCAGAGGUCCGGAGGACAAAGCUGAGAGAAAGGGGCAGACAUCUGGUGAAAAGGUGACCAUGAAGUUCAUGUGCUCCUUUUCUCAGUGCUGCAGAGCAAGCCCCGCUUACGCUGCUGCAGCUGGCCUGCUCUCCUGGGAGUUCAGUACCAGAAGAAUUAGGAACUGGGGUGCAAAAGAAGGAAAACCACUAGAUCCGGCUUAAAACAUCUUAAAACAUCAACUGGUGCCGAGGAGGGUAACAGCCAUCUGGUAUAAAGGGUGUAGCUAAAAGCAGCAAAGUAAUAAAACUGCUUGCAGCAGCAGGAACUGGAUUGUAGGUGACUUCAGGCUGUUUCAGCUGACUGUACCCAGAAAGCAAACUGGUGACUCCUCAUUAGAUGUCUUUCUCAGUGUGCGACAGGUAUUCAGGGUGGGUAGUUUUGGGUUGGUUUUUUGGCUGGUGUGACUGGUGCAAGUAAGACCGAAGCCAUCUAGAAGGUGUAGUGGAGACUGUGACACACCCUGCGUCACUGUAGUCCAUGCAGCAGUAUCAGCCAGGAGGAAGGCUGUAACCAAAAGGAUCCUGUGUUUCUGUGUUGCCUUGUGUCCUGAAGAGAGGGAGGGAGGUAAGGGGGUUCCCAUCUUGCUCUUUAAAUGGCGUGUGUUACUGGCUAUUUAUAGAGCUGCGUUUUUCCCUGCACUGCCAGAAGAACUGGGUGGGGAUCCAUUUAAAAGGACACCAUCGAGCAGCAUGGGCGAUGCUUUGCUGAUGGGAAUCCAGCUGGAAGGGCACUUACCAGAACCAGAGGUCCAGCCCCCUCCUUCUCAGAGCCGGGGCAGGGAGCUUGCGGACGCACAGUGCAGCCAGGAUGCGACCCAGGGCAGGGACUGCGGUGGAGGGUGAGUGGCACAGUGGGACCCAGCUGUGAGCCUGCUCCUGUCCCACCUGAUGUGCACCACGAUGGGGGAACCAGUGAUGCUGAGCUCUGGGCCAGGAUUUUUGGCUUUUAUAGUGGCAGCGGUGAGAGGCAGUACUGCUCUGUAUGCCAGCCUUGUCCUUUCUGGCGGUCUCAUCCUGUAAGCAGUAAACGUGUGUCCUGUCCUGAGCUUCCCUCUCCUUCUCUCUUCUGCAGCCCAGCUUCAUGCGUGCAUGCAUGCAUCUACUCAAACACGAACACAUCUCCUUCCCAGCCUUUGUGGGGGAUGUCUUUUUCAUACAGAGCCCUUGGGGCUGGCAGUACUAUAUCCGUGGUAAAUACAAUCUGGCCGUGAACUGCUUGGUGCUUUGGCAUUGCUGGGUCCCCCUUUUCCCUCCCUGCUCCCAUAUCCUUGGGGUUCCCAGCUUCAAGAGAGAUGGGAUGUGGAAAUGCAGGAGAUGUGGAAAUGCAGGAGAUGCGGAAAUGCAGGAGAUGCCAGGGGGGCAGCUGGCAUCUUUCUAAACCAGCCUCCUGGUAGGUGCAUCAGCUCCACUGGGGUAGUUACGGCCCAGGAGCAGAGUGCGCUGCAUGCUGGUCUUGGGUCUUUCCAGUGAUAUUAUGUGCUCCAAGUAAGCUGAAUGUGCCUCUGAGCUUGUUUCCCCUCCUUUAAAAUGGGGAUGGUGGUCACUGGUUUGGUAUGAGCUUCCCUUCUUGGCUGUACAGCACCUUGAGAUCUGGCCUGGAGGAGGCCAGGACCGUAACAUCUGAUGAUACGUAGAUGGCUUACGAGAGAUCUGGGAGAACUGGGGAGGGAAGCGGUUGUUUCUACCUCGGCCCAUAUGUGGGGAGGAGGACGAGAUGAGGAAGGGUCCAUAGUGCUGUGGGGAAAGAGAGUGACCAACGCAGUAUCAGACAUGGCAGUUCUUGAGUGGUCAGGUGCUGUAUUUUCUCCUCUGCCUUUUGCUGUAGCUGCCCGGAUUGUUCCUUCUCCUGGUGCUCCUUGUGCUCAAGUGGUCAACUUUAUAAACGGAGAGAGACGGGGGAGGAGGUAGACAUCAACUCCUGGGUUAUCUUGUUCUGCUCUUCUUGGGCAGAGACGCCAAGGAAGUGAAUCUGGAUCGGGGAACGUCGGAAUGUGGUUUUUAUUUUUAAAACAAACCUGCAUCUCUAGUGUGACUCUAGCGUUCGCUGCGCUGUGAUUUCUCAUAUGAUAACUUGUUUAGGUUACAGUGGGUCGCUGUCCCCUCUCCCCGUCUCUGUGAUGAGAGCCGAGCUGCUCAGUGGGGCUUCGGAGGGACGGAGCGGGGCCGAGGCGGGGAGAGGGCAAGCGUGCCUGAGGUGAAGGAUGCCCACGGUCACGGGGCUUGCGUCAAGUAUCUCUUUUUGUUUUCCCUGAUAUGAUAACCUGGUCUGUGGUGUUGCAGUACUUUGUCACCAGACUUGUUUUAGUGUGUAUAUAUGUGACCCCUCCCAUGAAGCAUAUAUACACAGGUAUUAAAUAUAUCGCUCUAUAUAAUACUAUAUGUGUGUGGUAUCGAAGGAAUCUUUUAAAUGAGGGUAAAGGAAAAGGACUCGGGCCAGGAAACGCAGCAUCUCCGGUUUAAAUAUGAAGACUUUUAUUUGGGUUAGGGAAAGGGAAAUAACAGAGAGGGGAGGGUUUUAUAUAGAUAGGUAUAAAUUUUGAGAUGGGACAGGUUUCCCUGUUCACAUUUUUGAAACCCCCUAGGAUGUCCUCGCAGUCCCAUCUCAGUGAAAGAGCGUUAUACUGCUAACUAGUGAGUAAAGUUUUAAUGAUAAGGCUUUGCUUAUAUUAUUUAAAGAGACAUUGUGAAAGGCAGGAAGCUUCACGCUUGACUUCCCAGGCUCGCUUUAUCAAGCCAAGAGGGUUUUCUUCAGCACGUUACGUACUCUCAGCAGAACUGGUCAGUGCUCACGGCUCUACAACAGAUCAGACACGAGUUGUAGGGCUGUUUAGUGGUGCAUUCACGAGACCCUGUGAUAACUCUCUCUUUUCUUCAUUCAUGUGAGGGAGAGAGAAAAUUUUGCAGCGCAGCACCAAAUCUGAGGGUUAUUAACAAAAGAAGUGACGCUUUAAUUUUAUAACGUUAGAAGAAAAUCUCAUAUCCUGUAAAAUAAUUGAACACACAUGCUCACACAGAGGAGAGACUUUGAUUCAGAUCAACUUGUUAAACGCUGAAGGACUUAGUGGAAAUCUUUUCCCAAAUCCUUUGGUAGGGGCAGGGAUUUAAGUGACGCUGGUGUUGGAGUUAACCUGGCCUUUACAGGGGGAAGUAAAAAAACAAAAAAUACCCUACUUAGCUUGUAUGAAACUGUAUGUCAAAAAUGGAUGGGUUUUAGCAAGUGAAAGGAAAAGAUAGCAAGGGGAUGCUGCAGUUCUGAGCUGGGUAGUAAUGAUUUCGAGUCCUUUAAUAUGUCUUUGUAUUAAUAUAAUUUAAGAAUACCACGCUUUACUAUUAAAAAAGAACUUAGUAUCUUUCAUAAGGUCUAGUAUCAGGAUAAUAAUGUAGAUGUUUUAACAACAUUUUUGGUUUUGUUCUUAAAUAAAAAACAAACUUGCUUCUUUUAGCCUUUGUAAUAGAAAAUAAAAGUGUGCACUUUAAACCCUCUCCU